AUGCAGCAUCGUUUUUCGACAAUUUUUGAAAAGUCAGUGAACGAGGUGAAAGCGGCUGGUGGUACAAUUAACGAAGAUGAAAAAUUGCGAUACUUAUUAAAAGCACUCCCGCCAGAAUUCAACUUCAUUGGAGAUUUGAUCGAUGUGCUGCAGGAGGAUCAACGAACAUGUGAAUACGUGAAAUCUAAAGUGUUGAUAAAAACCAUGGAGAGCGAAAACAAUAAAAGUGAUAAGCAAAGUUCAAAUGCAUUUGUCGCAGACAUGCGUGGAAAAUGCUUUAAGUGUGGUGGAACAGGCCAUAAAUUUAAAGACUGUAAAAAAGAACAAAGUCAUCAAGUCCGCGGCAGAGGCAACCAACGCAACGGCGCGGCGGUGUUUUUCAACGCGGAGCUGGUAGAGGGUAUCAACGAGGCGGCUACAGAGGUUUUCAACGCGGCAGCUACAGCAGAGGUUACCAUAACAACAACAACCGAGGGCGUACAGCAACACCAAAUCAACAGGAAGAGUGUGGCGGAAAUGAAUCGGCGUUUAUAG